GUAAUUUCAGUUUAGAUAGAUGCCGCUCGAGACUUGAAAAUAAACGGAAAUAACAGACAGGUAUACCGUGUAGCAUGCUCAGCCAUCACGAUGCAAACAAUGGAAGGCGUAAGGAGACUUACCAUGAGUGACAUGAAUGGCCGACCUGCAGGUCAGAUGGACUUCCGGUACAGGUCGGUCAAGUCCAACCACCAGUCUAUACCCAUGAGCAAGAGCCUUCCUGUGAACCCUCCCAAGGUCAUGACCCCUCAAGACGACAUCUGGCGCAGUUCUCAGAGUCUUACCGGUCGAACCUCGGUCAUGACGUACAACCACAGGCAGUACCCAUCGGCAUCGGCGGCGCUGUCCGAUUAUAUUUCAGACUAUGAGAGCCAGAGUUCUUCACAGGAUUCACAGUCUCAACCCUCCUACAGAAGAACUGUAAGUGAUCUUCUGCUUCCUAAGACAUCACUUCAGAAAACUGUGCAGAGAAGCUUGGACACCGGAGAUCGAGACACCAAGGAUGAAUUUCAUCGCUAUAACGUCCGCAAGCUCAUCGAUGACUCGUAUGAGCAGAUUUUAAGGGCAGACUUAGAGCAAGGAAAAGCAUCUGCAAUAGUCGCUACUGCAAAACAUCUAGGUACAGAAAGCACUUUAUCCUUUGAGGAUACAGCUCCUCGUGAGAAAGAGUUUUCAGACUCUGUAAGUGAAAUCAGCUCCUCGACUGAUGCUCUACUGUUGGCCAACCCAUACAUAGUGAACUUCGGUCACAGGGAUAGGAAAUUACACCAUGGGGGUAUGCCAUCGUCAAAGAGCAUAGAUUCUGCACGCCUUCCCAUGGCAUCCAGCUAUGCUAGGCAAAUGCACAUGAAGAGCAGAGGGAGAAUGAAUGAUUCAAGACAACAGACCCGUCCAACCUCAAAACUCAGUCUUCCCUUUAAGGAUCAAGGACCUCAUGCCUCUUUGGACAGCACCAGCUUCUUGGGGACAUCGCAUCAUGGAGUCGUGUCGCCCAAGCAUUCGGUGUAUGAUAGGAGACAGGAGUUGAGGAAAGCAGUGCCUUCCAGGAGUGAUGGAAGACCCAUUCCAGCAUGGGUCUCUGACCUGGACAACUCGGUGGCUAGCCAGAAAAGUCUGAAUACCCUCUACACGGACACAUUGCUGGGUGCAGAUGGGCAUGCCACAUCGCACCAGGACUCCAUGAGACAAAGUCAGAUGAACGGAGCAUCCAUGUCGUCGGCUAACCACGGUCAAAGGAUACGCAGUCUGUCUUCGCAGGGUCAGUCAGAGGAGCGACCUAUGUCCGUUAUGUCAGGAGCAAGGCCUCCACCCUCUUGGGUUGAGGAUUUAGAUACGACCGUUGAUAGCCUCUCGGGAUCCUUAAGAUUGCUUGGGAAGAGAAUGGAACAUCGAUCUACAAGAGCUCCUGGAGUAACCUAUCAAGAUGUCCCCACCAACAGAUAUGGCAAGACUGGAUACUUUGGACAACAAAGCAGAGAGUUGUCCAGGCCAGCGAGCCUACAGUCAGAAAUUGGGCAGCCCAGGGCUACAUCCAGUCACAUUGCAUCGGAGUUGAGAUACCGCAAAGGUGACAGUAUGAACAGACACGUAAGGAAAGGAAGGGCCACCUCUGAUUUGGAUUUUACCAAGGACAGGAUGAUGGGGCAGAGACCCCACAGGAGGACGCAAAGUGCUAGUACCGAAGACCUGAUCAAAGAGUCACCAUAUGGGGAUGCAGUUAGUGCUCCUUCCUCUCACACCAUCAAACAUCGUCUCCACUUACUGAGGCAAGGUAAAGGUAGAGCACAAGCCAACCAUACAGUCAAGCCUUCCAGAUCAUCCACACUGAAAUCAUCCACCCAAACCAACUUGCCUUCAGCUCGGGCAACUCGCCAGGGUCACCUCCCAUCGUCAUUGCUUCCAUUCAGCAAAUCAAACCCUGAACAUUCCAAGAUGAAAGCACACCUAGAUGUCAGUGCCACCACAGAUAGCCUUAUCUACUCAUCUCCUUUCGGCCUUGAUAGGGACAUGCCCUUCCCUGAUUUAUCGAUGCUACCUCCAGCCUAUGGCUCGUCAAAUCAUCUGUCUGCCGUCCGUAACGCUCAUAGUGACGGUACGCUGAAGGAAGAAGAACUUGCGUCGUCCCUAAGUUCACUUUCAUCAAUAGCUUUAGAGACGAAUCACAUCAGGAAUGAAAAGGCAGAAAGAACACCCCUCAUAGCAGAUCACGUCAGUGAAUCUACAGUUGGUGGUGAGUAG